CAAGGGGCGGGGCUGAAAUCUCCGGCGGAGGCUGGGUGUCGCCUGACCGGAUGAUGACAGAAGUUUGCGGGUUAAUGUGGCGACUUUUAUCAUGCAGACUGCUACUUUGUAAUCCCACCGGGACUCUGCGCGUGAAGGGGACUCUUGACUCUGUUCUCUGUGUGUGUUUUUAUGAUAAGAACUAUAUAAGAGUGUGACAACACGCUGUGCCAACUGGGAACUUUCUGUCUGCUGGGAGAGCGACCCUCUGGCUCUUAUUUCCCCGGGUUGGAGAUCGGAAAAGAGCCCGCUGGGCUGACCGAGGUGCAGCGAUGGGUAACCGGGGAAUGGAAGACCUCAUUCCCCUAAUCAACAAGCUCCAGGACGCCUUCAGCUCCAUCGGGCAGACCUGCAACUUGGACCUGCCGCAGAUAGCGGUUGUCGGCGGCCAGAGCGCAGGGAAGAGCUCGGUGCUGGAGAAUUUCGUUGGGAGGGAUUUCUUGCCAAGAGGAUCUGGCAUCGUCACGCGUCGUCCUCUCAUCCUGCAGCUGGUUAACAGCAAAGCAGAGUAUGCAGAGUUCCUGCACUGUAAGGGCCGCAAGUUUGCGGACUUUGAUGAAGUCCGUCUGGAGAUUGAAGCGGAGACCGACCGGAUCACAGGAUCCAACAAGGGCAUCUCCCCCAUCCCCAUCAACCUGCGUGUCUACUCCCCCAAUGUGCUGAACCUGACGCUGAUCGACCUCCCGGGGAUGACAAAAAUUGCUGUGGGAGACCAGCCUCAAGACAUUGAGUUUCAGAUCAGAGAAAUGCUGAUGCAGUUCAUCACCAAAGAGAGCUGUCUGGUCCUCGCCGUCACCCCGGCCAACACCGACCUCGCCAACUCUGACGCCCUCAAGAUCUCCAAGGAGGUGGACCCUCAAGGGCUGCGGACCAUCGGUGUGAUCACAAAGCUGGACCUGAUGGACGAGGGCACAGACGCACGAGACAUCCUGGAAAACAAACUACUGCCCCUCCGCAGAGGGUACAUCGGCGUGGUGAACCGUAGCCAGAAGGACAUUGACGGGAAGAAAGACAUCAAAGUUGCUUUGGCUGCUGAAAGGAAGUUCUUCCUGUCCCACCCCGGAUACAGACACAUCGCAGAACGUAUGGGCACACCGCAUCUGCAGAAGACCCUCAAUCAGCAACUCACCAACCACAUCCGAGACACGCUGCCGGGGUUACGCAGUAAACUGCAGAGCCAGCUGCUAUCGCUGGAGAAAGAAGUAGAGGAGUACAAGAACUUCCGCCCUGACGACCCUGCACGCAAAACCAAGGCCCUGCUCCAGAUGGUGCAGCAGUUCGGCGUGGACUUUGAGAAGUGCAUUGAAGGAUCAGGAGAUCAGGUCGACACCUCUAACUUGUCCGGUGGAGCGAAGAUCAACCGCAUCUUUCAUGAGAGGUUUCCCUUUGAGCUGGUGAAGAUGGAGUUUGAUGAGAAGGAGCUGAGGAAAGAGAUCAGCUAUGCCAUCAAGAACAUCCACGGUGUCAGGACAGGCCUGUUCACCCCUGACCUGGCGUUUGAGGCCAUAGUGAAAAAGCAGAUCAUAAAGCUGAAAGAGCCGAGUCUGAAAUGCAUCGACCUGGUCAUUCAGGAGCUCAUCAACACAGUCAGACAGUGCACUAAUAAGCUGGGAUCAUACCCUCGGCUGAAAGAAGAGACUGAGAGGAUCGUCACCACCUACGUCAGGGAGAGAGAGGGCAAGACCAAGGACCAGGUGCUGCUGCUGAUUGACAUCGAGCUCUCCUACAUCAACACUAACCAUGAGGACUUCAUCGGAUUCGCAAAUGCCCAGCAGAGGUCAGCUGCUAACGCUACCAAGAAGAGAGUCAUGCCCAACCAGGUGAUCCGUCGAGGUUGGCUCACGAUCAACAUCAGUAUCAUGAAGGGAGGAUCCAAGGACUACUGGUUCGUCCUGACUGCUGAGUCUCUCUCCUGGUACAAAGAUGAGGAGGAGAAAGAGAAGAAGUACAUGCUGCCUCUGGAUAACCUGAAGCUGAGGGAUGUGGAGAAAGGCUUUAUGUCCAGCAAACACGUCUUUGCCAUCUUCAACACAGAACAGAGGAAUGUGUACAAAGACCUGCGGCAGAUCGAGCUGGCGUGCGACACUCAGGAGGAUGUGGACAGCUGGAAAGCUUCGUUCCUCAGAGCUGGUGUUUAUCCAGAGAAAGACCAGCCGGAUAAUGAAGAAACUUUGAAUUCCAGCGACACCGUGUCUAUGGAUCCUCAGCUGGAGCGACAGGUGGAGACCAUCCGCAACCUCGUGGACUCGUACAUCGGCAUCGUCAACAAGUCUAUCAGAGACCUCAUGCCGAAGACCAUCAUGCACCUCAUGAUCAACAGUGCGAAGGACUUCAUCCACUCUGAGCUGCUGGCCUAUCUGUACUCAGCGGGGGAUCAGGGCAGCAUGAUGGAGGAGUCUGCAGAGCAGGCUCAGAGGAGGGAUGAGAUGCUGAGGAUGUAUCACGCUCUGAAAGAGGCACUGGUCCUCAUAGGAGACAUCAGCACCUCCACCAUCUCCACCCCCGUGCCUCCACCUGUGGACAACAACUGGAUUCCCAAGGAACCGAGUCCUCCUCCAGGAUCUCGUGCUACCGCAGCUGCAGCGCCCCCUCCAGGCCGACCCCCAGCAGUGCGAGGGACGACCCCGGGUCCUCCGACUCCUCUCAACCCCUCUCCAGCUUUCGGAGCCCCACCUGUCCCAUCCAGACCCGGCCCAGGAGACACCAACUCGGGCUCUGUCCCUCUUAUCCCCUCCAGGCCAGGGCGGGUUCCUCCUGCUCUGCCGCCCGGGAUCCCCAGCAGAAGACCUCCGGCUGCUCCCAACAGACCCACUGUCAUUCGUCCUUCAGAGCCCUCCCUGCUUGACUAGAAACAGAAACUUUCUCUUGGUUUACACUUUUAUAUUUCUCCUGGGCAGAGAUAGUCUCUCUUUUUUUUUCCACGUGUAUUCUCUUAACGACAAACUGUGUCCUGUAACUGGUAAUCUGAUGCUGUUUUUGUCUGUGCAUUCUCAGAAACAUCAUGUCUGUAAUUUUGGUAGCUUUUUUAACAAAGUAUAUGAUGAAAUAUUCUGCUCUCAGUAUUAUGAUAAAGGGAUACAUUGAUGAUUUAUUGACUCGCAGGUUAAAACCAGUGAGUCGUCUUGGACUCUUCUUGUUUCAUUUACAAUGAAAGUGUCUUAAUACAACAUUUGAUUUAAACUUUUAUAUUAUGCUAAAAUAUACCUUUAAAUGUUUUUUUUAUGAGCUGUAGACUUGCUAACAAUUUGUCAGUGAUCUUACACACUAAGCACCUCAUUAAGGAAGCAGCACUUUCUGAUAAAGUAUUUUAUUUCCCUCAUAGUCAACAGACUUUCCAAGAUUAUCUAAAGAUUACUUUAUUAAAAAUUAGACUGACCAGAAUGUUUAUGCUUCUAUAUUUUGGUUGAUCACUUUAUUAAAGGGAUAUGGGAGUUGAUUGCUGCCACCACAGUGAAAAAAUUAACUUGUGUCAUGUUAUGGAUAUCAAAGUUUUAUUUCUACUAAUUUGACAGUAAAAUGAUUUAAAGAUAUUACAAGAAAUGUUUUGAUUACAACAUAAAAAAUUCUAUUUAACAAAAUCUUUCUUUUAAUAGGAUCACAUGUAUUGUUUUAACUCAAAAUGUUAAGACUCUAUCUGUUUAAUUUGGUCUCGGAUCAUCAAAUUUGAAUCUUAUUCCAAUACUGAUCUAAGCAGACAGAUUCAUAAUAAUCUUUCACACAUAAGUUAUGUUCGUUCAUUAUAAUCUAUCACCUUUAAGAUGAUACCACAUUAUCUACAUACAUGUAUAUGUGCUGGACAUGUGAAACUAUCUUAAAGUAGAAUGAAGAUAAGAUGCACUGUGAAAACUCUUCAACGGAACAAUUUACAUUUUAUAUUUUGACCUUAAGCUGUGUUUAAAAUUGACGCAGUUGCAAAGAUGUCAACCAUUUCUCAACAAUGGAGGUUGCUAUAAUGGAAAUUCUGUCUCCAGCUAAAGAAACAGGCGGAGGUGUCCUGACAAGCAGCUGAGCAAAACCUAUGUGUAAAAUGAGCCCCGCCCCUUUUUACUGUGUUAUUAUGUAUAACUCUUGGCCUUAAUGAGUAAGGAUGAGUUCUCAGUUAUUUUCCCCUUCUGCAUUAGCUCCUGUUUUUGUACUCGUUUGCCUCUUUGGUUAAAAAUGAUGCAGAUUUGUUUUUUUUUCCUGGGUGGCAGCAGUGGGCUUCCGUACGAGACAGAAGGUAGCAGAUAGAAAAGGUCGUCUGAUAUAUUACUGAUCAUUAAACUGAUGGAGUUGGCUCAUCGUCAGUGAAAUUCUGAUCCACGUGCCUCUGGAGGAAGUGAUUUAAAAGCCAUAAUGAUAACAGGACGAUACAGGAGGAUUCCUUUCAGAGGGUGUUUGACUGAAUAAAGGAGUAGAAAAUCAACCA